AUGUCAAAAGAAGAUUUUCAAAUUAAACCAGAGGCUGUUACUCCAGCCAACAAUACCUCAGACUGGCCUCUUUUGUUGAAAAAUUAUGACAAAUUGCUUGUCAGGUCUGGACACUAUACCCCCAUCCCAGCGGGUUCAUCACCAAACAACAGAGACCUUAAAUCAUACGUCUCAUCUGGUGUUAUUAAUUUGGACAAACCUUCUAAUCCAUCAUCACACGAAGUUGUGGCCUGGAUCAAGAGGAUUUUGAGAGUUGAAAAGACUGGUCACUCUGGUACUUUGGACCCUAAAGUCACCGGUUGUUUAAUUGUUUGUAUUGAUCGUGCUACUAGAUUGGUCAAGUCACAACAAGGUGCAGGUAAAGAGUAUGUUUGUAUAGUCAGAUUGCAUGACCAAUUAGAAGAACCAAAGGAGUUGAACAGGGCAUUGGAAAAUUUGACUGGUGCUUUGUUCCAAAGACCUCCAUUGAUCUCUGCAGUCAAGAGACAGCUAAGAGUUAGAACUGUUUACGACUCGAAAUUGAUUGAAUUUGACAACAAGAGAGGUCUCGGUGUAUUUUGGGCUUCUUGUGAAGCGGGUACCUAUAUGAGAACCUUGUGUGUUCACUUGGGUAUGUUAUUGGGUGUAGGUGGUCACAUGCAAGAGUUGCGUCGUGUGCGUUCAGGAGCAAUGAGUGAGUCUGACAACCUCGUUACUUUGCACGAUGUUUUGGAUGCUCAAUACGUUUAUGACAACACUAGGGAUGAAUCAUACUUGAGAAAAAUUAUCCAACCUUUGGAAACCUUGUUGGUUGGUUACAAGAGACUUGUGGUGAAGGAUUCCGCCGUAAACUCGGUUUGUUAUGGUGCUAAAUUGAUGUUGCCAGGUUUGUUGAGAUACGAGAGUGGUAUUGAGUUGUACGACGAGGUUGUAUUGAUCACAACUAAAGGUGAAGCAAUUGCUAUUGGUAUCGCACAAAUGACCACCGUUGAUUUACAAAGCUGUGACCAUGGGGUUGUUGCUAAAGUCAAGAGAUGUAUUAUGGAAAGAGACACAUACCCAAGAAGAUGGGGUUUGGGACCAGUUGCUCAAAAGAAGAAACAAUUGAAAGCUGAUGGCAAAUUGGACAAAUAUGGUAGAGUUAACGACGAAACUCCAGAGACAUGGAAGAAGGAGUACAAGGAUCUCGAUGAAGCUCCAGCUCCUGCAAUUCCUGAGUCCAAAUUAGUUGCUCCAGCUCCACAAUUGCCAAAGAAGACAUUGAUCGAAGAAGUCGAAGUCAGUACAGUUGAAGUAGAUGGCGACAAGAAGGAAAAGAAAGAAAAGAAGGACAAAAAGGACAAAAAAGAUAAAAAGGAUAAAAAAGACAAGAAGGAAAAGAAGAGAAAAGCUGAAGAUGAUGAAGGCGAAAGUAGCAAGAGUGAGAAAAAGAAAAAGUCAAAGAAAGAUUGA